AUGAUACAGGUUGCCAUGAAGCUUUCACAGCAACUUCGUCUGGGAGAGCACCGAUGUGAUGUAAUUAUUGCUAUAACACACUGUCGUCUCCCAAAUGAUGUCAAAAUUGCAAAUGCGCUGGGUGCCGUUGCUAAUACAGAUCCCUCGAAAAAUGGCGUAGAUCUUAUUUUAGGCGGUCAUGAUCAUGAAUACUACAUUGGACGUGGCAUUGAAUCUUACGAAGGCAGCGAUUUUGAUGCAGAAAUGCCAGGGAGUGACAAUGACAAAAACUCUUUUAUUAUCAAAAGCGGCACCGAUUUUCACGAUCUGAGUGCUGUUGAGAUCACGCUUUCUGAACCGCAUCCGCCGACAGCUGUACGAAGACGGACCAUCGACCAUGUCAAAGUGCGUCGAUUUCAAACAAACCCAAGUGAUCCGUCCCUGCCAGAACUUCGAGCAAUGCUUGACCAGCUCAUGGCGCGUAUUUCCAAAUCAACUAAACAGCCGGUGGCUGUAACACUGAAUGAAUGGGACCUCCGCUCCAAGAAUGUUCGGACUGAUGAAUCAGGAAUUGGUGAUUUGAUUGCUGAUAUUCUUCUCUUAUCGAUGGAACGCAAGUUGCGCUCAACAGCCAAAACUAUGCCCACUUCCGUCAUCAAGCAAGAUGAUCGGAUGGCUGACUGCUGUAUUAUAUGUGGUGGCUCUUUGCGUAGUGACAGCGUGUUUGGUCCUGGUGUCAUCACGCUUGGUGACUUGCUAGAAAUCAUGCCGUUCGAGGAUGCUAUUGUCGUGAAAGAGCUCAAAGGCCAAGAUAUUUGGGAUGCACUUGAGAAUGGGUUUAGCUCGUAUCCGAAGCAAGAAGGUCGGUUUCCUCAAGUUGCGGGUAUGCAGGUUGUCUGGGACUCAAGUCGUGAGCCCGGACAUCGUGUGGUAAGCGUGCAUCUACUGAAGCAACCAUUCGAUGGUCAGAACUCGAAUAGUCACGACCUGAGAAUGAAGAUUCGCAACUCAUACAUGUACAGUCCUGAUCAUGAGUCAGAAGAAGAAAGCACUAUCAUGGUGCAUCGCAUGGCGCCAAAAAUCAAAGAGCCGUUGGAAUUAAACAAGACGUACAAUGUCGUAACUCGUGAGUAUCUCUCGCUUGGCAAUGACGGAUACGAGGCAUUCACUCGUGGCCGAUUUAUUGUGGAUGACGAAUCUGGGCAAUUGAUGUCAACCAUUGUUCGACGAUUCCUACUGGGUGCUACUUACAUUUCGCGGUGGAAUCAUUUGCGAACACAGCGUGAAAAUGCCCACGAGACAGCCUUCAGCUCUCCUGAUUCAAGCAUGGAGGAACCAUCCUCCUUAUCGAUACGGUCUUCUCAGGGACGCAGAGCUUCUUUGUUGGAACAGUUGUUUAGCAAGCAAGCACAAGAUAGGGGUCACCUAUCAUCAGAAACAAAUUCCGCUGUGCAACGUGCCUACAAUCUGCAAAUGCACCGUUCGCGGUCACUCCAACUGGAUCAAACCAAUCGAGCUUCUAUCGAAAUGCCCAAGCGACGUGCCUCGCUGUCGCAAAAUUUUGUGCCAAAGACGCCUUUGUUCGUGGACAAUAGUCCAGCUUCUAUUCGAGACGCUCUUUUUGUGGCUUCACAUGAACAUCAUUCUCAUUUCGACACGGCAUCUCGGAUCGAUACAAAUGUUGUACUGGAACCUGGAUGUAGCAAGGAGGACCUCGCGCUAGUUGUGGCCCUAAAGGAUGGGCGCAUGAAGGACCAAGCUCGGUCUACUUGA